CUCGUCGAUCAAGACCCGGCGGAGAGACAACAACCUUUGUUGCCGUUUCAUCGUUGUCAGAAACAUUCUUAGUAAACUAGAUCCUUCCAGUUCUCAAGGACUGAUGAACGUUCGAAACUUUCGUUUCCAAGCGUGGCAGUACAUUCGCACAGUGUAAACAAUUGGUGAAGUGAUAUCUGUGUUGACCGAGUGAUCGGGAAUAAGAAAGAAGUCGAGUAAUGACAAGCCUCCGAGACAGGACGACAACACGAUGAGAAGCGCGAAAAGCAAACACAAAUCGAGUCGGAGAGUUUCCUGAGUCCGGCACGCUGGUAGUUCGUAUCCAACGGUGACAUCGAUGCUCUGAAGAGGCCGUCGCUGUUCCGCAGCGCACGGUGGUAAGUGGAUCCUGGAACGGAAAGGAUCAGGCACGAUUGAGCCAGAAGAGAUGUCAGCCGUAGCACCAGCGGGGACUGGUGCUACAGCACCACCUGCGAACGGUCCAAUUGUACCUGCUCCGGUCUUCGCCUUGCCAACGUUGUCGUUCACCGUCGGUCAGGUGGCCACAGUUUGCGAGACUCUGGAGGAAAGCGGCGACAUCGAACGGCUAGCGAGGUUCCUCUGGAGUCUUCCGGUCGCACAUCCGAACAUCCAGGAGCUGAAUCAAAGCGAGGCUGUGCUGAGAGCCAGGGCGAUCGUCGCGUUUCACUCGGGACACUACAGGGAGCUGUACGCCAUACUGGAGAGGCACAAGUUCACCAAGGACUCUCAUGGUAAGCUGCAAGCGAUGUGGCUCGAGGCGCAUUAUCAGGAAGCCGAGAAGCUUCGGGGGCGGCCGCUCGGCCCCGUCGACAAGUACAGGGUACGAAAGAAAUUUCCGUUACCGAGGACGAUCUGGGACGGCGAGCAAAAGACUCAUUGUUUCAAGGAGAGAACCAGAUCGUUGUUGAGAGAGUGGUACCUUCAGGAUCCGUAUCCGAAUCCCGGCAAGAAGCGAGAGCUAGCUGCUGCCACGGGGCUCACGCCAACCCAGGUUGGCAAUUGGUUCAAAAACAGGAGGCAAAGGGAUCGGGCCGCCGCUGCGAAAAAUAG